CAUUUUAUUGUUUCGGUGGUUUUCACAGGGUUUUUCUCUUUCUCUCCAUUCUCAAGGUGAAAAUUAUAGAUACAAAAUUGUGUGUAGUGCGUACAUUCGAAAGGGUUUCUUGUAAAAUAAUUUUGGAAUCUGUUUGAAGAUCAAGAGUAGGAGAUCAUGGGGUGAUUUGUUUUUUGUUUUUAUGUAUUUUACCUUUGAUUUUGGCGGUGAAUUUUGCAUAAUAUAGUUGGGAUUGUCAUAAAGAUUGAAACUUUGGAGGCUCUUUUGGUGAAAAUUUGGUGUUUUUUCAGGUGCAUGCAUUGUUUCACUAAUGGGGUGAUUUCGAGGUGUACAAGGCUUUAGGAAUCUAUUUACUUCUAUUAUAGUGAAGGCUUGCUAGUAAUUUUGUUUAAUAAGCAUUGAUAUGAAAACUAAGAUAUGCUGCAUAAGAGGUUAAACCAUGGACUUUAUGGCUAUGAGGUACCUCCAAUUCCCCGAGCCGCCAGAUCCGCCAGGAGGAGGGUACCUUAUAGAAAGAAAUCUGAUGAUGAUCAAAUGUGUGCGUUUGACUUGUUGGCUACUGUUGCUGGCAAGUUGCUAGAGGGAGAAAAUAGUCCUAGUGCUGCUGAGUUGUUAAAUGGAGUAGAUAAAAGUGCAGUUGGGGCAGAUUCACUCAAGAAGGAAAAAGUGGUGAAAGAUAAUCCUGAGAAAUUGAUCCCUUGUAUUGAAGAAAAACGUGGUAGGAAUUUUUUUGUCUCUGAGAUAAUAUCACAAGCUCCAAAACAUACUAUAAAGGAAGUGUCACAUGCUCAGAAUGAUGCUUGUUCAGCAUUUGCAUCUGUUAUAACUACUUCUGAUGGCUCAGAUAUGUUUGGCACUGCUGCAAAGUUGGUUGAUGAUCAAAGCAAGAAUGGACGUCGAAACUUUUCCAAGUUAGACAUGGAGCGCUGUGGAAGUACCAUCUCCUUUUCUAGAUUAGAUGAUGAAAAUAAGAAUUGUAUCAAAAUUGAACCAGCGAUGACUGGAAAAGAGCCCUGUAAUGCUAGGGCUGAUACAUGUUGUAUAAAAGAUCUGACUGUGCAGGACUUAGAACCUCAUGCACUAGGUAAUGCUGACAAUAGGUGCAAGUUUCCUGUCAAGCCUUCUGUUCUGGAUGAAGGCUUAAAGAAGGGUAUCUGUAGGGAUCAAGGUCCUCGUGGUUCUUUCCCAACCUGUAAGGAUAAUGUAAAGUUAGUUGUUAGAGAUGGUGACGAAAACUCUUCUUGGUGCACUACACCUAGAAAACUCAAUAAGGCCUUCAGGCCACCGGCUCGAAUGGGUGACAGAAGAAUUAAAAGAUUACUGGCAUCCCGAUAUUGGAAAGCACCUCCGAAAUUGAGCAAUGAGGAUUGCUUCAACAUUGGAUUAGAAACAAAACCAGUGUACCAGAACAAGGCAAAUGGUUAUAAACGCCAGAGGUCUUUGAGGGACUAUCCUAUUAAAAAGAGGAGACUCUAUGGCCAUAGCUUUGAAACAAAUGCCUAUGAAAUGGUUAACAACAACGACACAUCUUUUUCACCUGGGAAGGGUUACAGUGAAAAUGCUUCUGGUUCGGUCCCUACCAUGCAUGAAGCAAAGGGAGUUUCAACUUUUGCAACAAGUCAGCAAAAUUGCUUUCAGCCACGUGAUUCUCAUGUGAAGCUAAAGAUCAAGUCUUUUAGGGUUCCAGAGCUAUUUUUUGAGAUUCCAGAGACCGCAACUGUUGGUUCUCUGAAGAGAACAGUUAUGGAGGCAGUUAACUCUGUACUUGGUGGUGGACUUCGUGUUGGUGUACUUUUUCAAGGGAAGAAAAUCAGGGAUGAUAACAAAACCCUGGUGCAGACUGGGAUAUAUGAUAAUAACAAAAACGAUUCUCUGGGUUUUACCCUGGAGCCUCUGUGUUCACAGGUAUCCCCAACUCAAUACCCUGAAGAUCAUGCACUUACACCUGCUCGACAGAUAACAAGGUGCCCACAUACUGGGCUCAUAGUCAAACAGGGGAAUUCUGAUGUUCCACCUGACCUUCCCUCAACAAAUUUUAGCAACAUAAUUGAGAGUGAUCAUGAUUCAGCGCCCUCUCCUCCAGACGUGUCAAUAGACAAAUGCCUGGCUGAUUCAAAAGCUUUGGUUGCCACUCCAGAAAUGAAUGUUGAACCGCUAUCUGCAAUUUCCAUGCGGAAAUCCAAGAGAUUAGAUGUUGGUCAACGCAGAAUCCGUAGGCCCUUUUCUGUUUCAGAAGUGGAAGCAUUGGUGCAAGCUGUUGAGAAACUAGGAACUGGAAGAUGGCGUGAUGUUAAAAUGCGAGCUUUUGACAAUGCUAAACACAGAACAUAUGUGGAUUUGAAGGACAAGUGGAAAACGUUGGUACAUACAGCAAGAAUAUCUCCCCAGCAGAGAAGAGGAGAACCCGUGCCUCAGGAACUCCUAGAUAGGGUCCUGGCGGCUCAUGCAUUUUGGUCACAGCAGCAAGCCAAGCAACAACUGAAGCAACAUUCGGAGGCUUGCCUCCUCUUUUGACAUCAUUGGCAUACUCAGCAAGCUGACCAAUAUUCUGAUCGCAUAGAUGAGUUAUGAUGGUCUAACUAAUUUUAUAUAAUUAUUACAACCAUUAUGUAAAGAGUAAUAAUUAUUACAACUACUUUGUAAAGAGUAAAGACAAGGUAUAGUUAUAAUACCCAAAUCUCCAGGCGACUAUAUUGUGCUGGUGGAGACGUUUGUGCCUCAUGACGAAUAUAUUAGAAUAAGGGGCAUUGCUAAUGAAUUCUUCUUUUUGUUAAUAAGGUGGUGGUAUUUUCCUUGC